CCCCCCCCCCGAGAUCACGCGGCCUCGGCCCCGGCCUCCUGCGAACAAUCUUAGACCCUCCCGCUCCCCCAUCCGAGACUUGCCAGAGCAAACCGCCUCCCCCACCCCCCCCCUGUGGACGAGAUGGCAGAUGCCGGAUACUUCCUACAGAGCCCCCAGCAUCCGAGACCGCGGCCCGCGGCGUCGAACCCUAAAUUCGAUCGGAUCGACAUCUGGCGGACUGAGGUGAACAGGGCCCGGAAAUACUGCGUGUGUUCGGCAGCCACGGCGUCCGGGUUCGGCAGCAAUCGCGUUAGCAAAGAUGCACCACCGCUAUCUUCGUCUAGCACUGCCGUGGGCUCGGACAGCCGUACCGAAUUAUCUCAGCAUCACAUAGCUUUAUCUCACCCUGCCGCCUCUAAUGACAGCUCCGACAACCACCCCGAAUCGGCUCCGUCCGCCCAAUCGGCUCGUCGGCCCCUGGCCUCGUCCGAAGCCCCCCGGUCUAAGACCUCCACGCCUGACACGGGACGGUCAGACAACCAGAACCCCAACAUCUGCGCUGUGUGCUCGUCCCGUGUCGAUACGGAGGUGUCGUACCUACCGCUUACGGAGGAUGGGUCGUCAGGAUUUGUACGGACAAACCGAGGCCCUCGGUCGGUAGCCAGCAUUAAGAAGCUCAAGGAGGCCGUCUCUUCCAAGAAUUACAAGACCCCUAGGAGUAUGCGCAUCAACCGGGCAAUAAAAGCGCCCUUUAAGCAUUUGAAGAAUGUCGCCUUGCCGCCGGACAGGACCUCGAAGCGACGACGAAUCGUAUCGAAGCUGUUUGGUAACGCAAGCGGGUACGCAUCGUCAUCGGAUGACGAACAGAAGCCCCGGCCCCGCGCCACGGAGAUGUAUUACCUGCUGCGACCAGACGUUGAUCCAGGGUCAGUGGAGACCUUGGCAGGCCUAAGCGAUGAUGAUGAUGAUGAACGAAGGAAACCCGGACUAACCAUUGACCAGACGGCGUCCAGAUUACAGAGGGCGCUCAAACUACUAGAGAAGAACGGCAAUACGUUAGGCACCGAUCGGCCCGGACCGGAAAUCCAGUCACGCGGCGACGUGAUCAGGAAAAUACCACGAGAAAGACUACAUACGAACGAGCAAGAGCCAGUACACCGUAGCUAGAAGCCCCCCGUGUCGACCCGAACACGACAACGCCGGAAUGUGCGAUAAAGGAUCCAGACAACGUCUCCCGAGAAGAAGAGGAAGAAGAAUACCCCUGAUUUGUUUUGUUCAGAGGCCGGAUAUCCAUGGUUGACGACCUCGCCCCUGGACCCCCGAGCAUCGGUGCGCGCGCACACAUAUAUAUACCUAUUAUGCAUAUGUAUUUGGGGACGGCACGCAUUUCACCUAGCGCCUAGGGCGGGCCG